CUGUUGCAUGUUAUUUAUAGAAACGUAUAAAAGAUGUUGCAAGACUCCGUUGGAUCAAUGCCAUAUCCCUUCUACUGGUUUUAAAGCCUUGAUAGAAAGCACGUCUUGAAACUUGCUCUGGGUACAAGCACAUGGCAGUAGCACGCAACUCGCGGACUGUAAUUGUUUUCUCUUUGAUUCUAGACCACCUGUACGUUGCACAACAAAGAAACAAUGAAUCGUGCGUGAUAAACGUUUCAUAGAACAAAGAAGAAUCUGAAGUGAAAUUUAUAUUUCCACUCUAAACUAUUAAUUUCUACUAUCUGAAUGCUUUUCUGCAUAAAAUAUUUUUGAAUAGUUGCAGAACAGUAUAAGCAUAGCUGAAACCACAUAAAAGAACCGAGUGUUGCCAGACGCUUGAUUAAGGCCAACAGAGCCCCUAACACGAGCGUAUACAGCAACGUGGAAAUCCAGUAUUCUGAAGAAUUCGUGACGUUUUCAUGACAUCACGGGAACGGUCAUGAAUCAGCUAGUUUCGAUUUAAUGAAUGGGAGCUCGCAUUCUACUGAUCUGCAUGCUGGCAAGCAGAUCGGUUUCAGUUAAACUCGCCGACAGUUCAAAGCGAGUACGUAAGCUCGUUGUUUAAGAGAAAGGCGAAGUAUACGUGCUGCAAACAACGCGUGUAUCGCGUUAACAUCCAAGAAGGGUAGAUAAUUCAAAUCGCAAACUUUGAUUCUUUCAAUCGUGCCUGACUUUUUUAUUUAUUAUUCUUCGUCGCAUCGCAAGGGAAUCACGGAUCAAGCCAAACAGAAGAAAGCUGUUUUGUUCAACAACAUCUACCGCAAGAAACCAUGCUGAAUCUUCCUGUAAAACAUUAAAAACAUAUGGAUAGUAGUUGAACGUGCAAUAAACUGUGAAUUAAUGAACAAUGACUGAACCAAAAGAUAAAGAUAAGAACGAUGAAAUUAUCUUCAUGGACGGGGUGGAUGAUGAAGUAUCAGAACCUCUGACCUCCGACAAGUUGGAAGCGAUGAUCAGACCACGCUAUGGUUCUAUGUCAGAGACAGACAACACAAACAAUCCACGGCCAACUUCAGGACCUGAGAUCGACGACCUUGAUAUAGACGAUAGACCGUCGAUAGGGUUUGAUCAUCCAGGCGUAGAUGAUGGCCUUUUGCCAAAUGAUCUACGACCACCGGAGAUUCCAAUUUCAGGCAGCAGAAAUCCAUUCUUUCCGCUGCCACCUGUUUCAACGAUACCUGAUGUGAAUCUCUAUCAGCAUAAGAAAACACUUGCCCAAGGGAUGAUGGAUUUGGCUCUCCUGUCGGCCAAUGCGAAUCAAUUGCGCUAUGUUCUGCAAACUGACGGCGGGCACCCAUAUUAUUAUCCAUCCCUAGUUAUGAUAGCUGCCAGCUUGUUGCUGCAGAUUGCUGUGGGUAUAGGACUGAUUUGGAACAGCAGGUAUAAUGUGAAGAACGACAGUGAAAUGUGCAAAGCUGCAAGAGCCAACAAUUACACUGUAAUUGGUAUAUUUCUGGUGACGAUUUUGAAUGUUUUCAUUUCAUCAUUUGGUGUUAUUGAUCAAGUGACUGUUGCAGCUAUAUGAUUCAAAGACUGCUAGUGAAAGUAUAUUAUAAGAUAAUAAGUGAUAUAUAUUUUUUUAUUUUUUUAUGCAAAUCAAACUUGAAUGGAAGAAGGUA